AUGAACUGCACCCAGAACUGCAGCCUCCACACUGUGGAUUACUUGGAUUAUGACAUUAACCUCUUCUCCACCCCCAUCCUGACUGUGGUCACCACCGCUUGUGUUCUGCUGGCAUUGAUCGGGAUUAGCGGCAACGUUUUGACCAUCCUGAUUGUGCUGAAGUUCAAGGACAUGAGGACUACCACCAACUUCCAUCUGUCUAGCAUGGCGCUGUCAGAUUUGUUCAUUUUUCUUUGCAUGCCUUUGGAUUUGUACCGCAUGUGGAAAGAGAGACCGUGGAUUUUUGGCGAUUUGCUCUGUAAGCUCUUCCAGUUUGUGAGUGAGAGCUGCACGUAUUCUACGAUCCUCAGCAUCACUGCUCUGAGUGUGGAGAGGUACUUUGCCAUCUGCUUCCCACUCCAGGCCAAAAUGGUCAUCACCAAGAGUAGAGUCAAGGUGCUGAUCUUCUUCCUCUGGUCCUUGGCAUUCGCCUGUGCCGGACCCAUCUUCAUCCUGGUCGGGGUAGAGGUUGAGAAUGGGACUGAUCCCCUUCUGGCCAGUGAAUGCAAGCCAACGGACUACGCCCAUGAAUCAGGCCUUCUCAACACCAUGGUCUGGGUUUCCACCUCCUUCUUCUUCCUGCCCGUCUUUUGCCUGUCAGUUUUCUAUAGCUUAAUCGGGAAGAAGCUCUGGAGACAGAGGAGAGUUGACUUGGCGUCCAACAUUAGCAACAGGGAGAAAAGCAACAAGCAGACAGUGAAGAUGCUGGCUGUGGUCAUCUUUGCCUUCGUUCUUUGCUGGCUGCCGUUUCAUAUUGGGCGAUACCUUUUCUCCAGAGCCUCCGAGGAGUGGUCUGAGCACAUGUACCGGAUCAGCCAGUAUUGCAACCUGGUCUCCUGUGUCCUUUUCUACAUGAGCGCGGCCAUCAACCCCAUCCUCUACAAUGUCAUGUCCAAGAAGUACAGAGUAGCUCUCUUCAAGCUGUUCCACCUCACCCAGGAUCUGAGGAGGACUCUGUCAAAGAACAAGGACCAUAACUUACCGAGCUGGACUGAAUCCUCUGGAAGCGCCUGA